CGACGAGCGCUACCGUCGCAGAAACGCCGUUCCUGACAUCGUCACGUCCAUCAGAAGUGCAACCGAAGCCAACGACGACACGGCCAAGAAACGGGAGUAGCUUCCAAGGCUCGUAACCAACACAUCCAUCCCUCAGCCCAGAACCACAAGAUAGCGCAACCAACAAGGCACCGCGCGCAAGACGGCGAGAGAGAAAGUAGCGGCGGCAACCAGCAGAAGGGGGCCGAGCUAGCUUGGAGUUGUAGCCAAGGAGCAGAGGGAGGGAGCAGCAAGGCAUGGAGGAGGAGCCCGCUCCCGCUGAGCCCCCAAGGAUUUUCUGGAAGUUGAGGAGGAGAUCAGCCAAUGGCCGGAGCUUGCAACAAGAACCUGACAAAGAGGCUACUGAAGAAGCGAAUGAGCAGGCUCAAGAAGAAUCUAUGAAGAUCGACGAUGCAACUGAGACAACAGCUAUUACAGCCGAUGAUGUUCAGUUGGACCCAAAAGCUAACUUAUCUGAGAAGCGAAAGGCACUCUUUGAGCCUCUGGAGCCUGUCAACGGCAAGCGCAGCUCCGCUGAAAUGCUGCUUCCACCACCAGACUUUGAGCCCGCCUCAUAUCCUAAGGGAUGGUUGGUGGGCAAGAAACGCAAGCUCGUCAAUGUCGACGUUGUGGAGAGCAUGAGGAGGAUUGCAAUCCAAGAGAUGAACAGAAAGGACCGUGAGAUCAAUGGACUGAACGAGCAGCUAGAGGAAGACUCCCGCGUGCUCGAGCUUCUCCAGAAGCAGCUCGCGGAUGAACGCAAGAAGCGGGCAGAUAUAGAGAAGGAGAACUCUAUGCUUCACGAGCAGGUGUCCAUGCUGAUGAACAUGCUCGACGAAAAUGAGGGCUUCGACGAGGAAGGAGAAGCUCCACCUCCCGAUUCCUUCGAUUAAGCAGUAUUCUCCAUUUUCGACUAUUACAAGUUUUACUGGGUACAGGUUUCAGAGUAUCCCAGAGACCUAUCUUGUGUAGAAUUCCAUUUAUCUAUGUUCAUUCAAUGGCUUGUUUCCUGUAGAUGAAGGGUGCCUGUUUAUUGUACCUGCUCCUUUCUAGGUUGCAAAUUUUUCUAGUAUGUGAGAAACUAGCGACAUAAUAUAUUUGAAUGGAAGUGUAUGUACAUGUUAUAUGAA